GAAAUUAUAGAUAUACAUCUGAAUACAACAUAUUAAUCUGGUGCACUGGUUUAUUCAUUGCUACUAAAAGUGCACCGAUAGUCCCGGUUGCCCCGUAGUGUGCUGGUAGCCCAGUUGACUAUCCCGAUUCUUUUACAUGCUAUAUUGCUAUGCAUGGGGAAAAGCCCGAGAAGAGGACAAAUGUCCAUUAUGUGGUGGCUAAGGCCAAUAUGGUGGAACACGAUCAUAAGGAUUGUAACAGGAAGCAAAUUGGAAAAGUUUCUUCCCAGGGUUCUAAUGCUGGUGGUGCUGGUGGCAACAAGAAGUUCAAUAGGACUUGCCUUGUAUGCAAUAAGCUAGAAUACCGAGCCAUAGAUUGUUGUCAUCUCCAAAAGAAGAAUGCACAUGCCAACGUUGUUGAGAACGUUGAUGAGGAAGCUAUAGAGCUUACCUCUGUUGUGUCAAAAGUAAACAUGGUGUACAACCCAAAAGAGUGGUGGGUUGAUAUAGGCGUCACUUGUCGUGUUUUUUCUGACAUGAAGAGCUACUCUGAAUUUGAAGCAACUGAUGAUGAAAACAGUUGUUCAUGAGAAACUCUUUUGUGCGCAAAAAUCUAAACUAUGGGGUAAUUGUGCAGUUGGUUUUAUCGAUUCACUUAGGGUGGAUGUAUGACGUUAAGGCCAGAGAAAAGCAGGUUAUUUUGACA